UCUCAUUUCCUCUUACCUUAGGUAGGCUUUAUUGAUAUUAUUUGUUUCUUUCAAAAAAUGCACUUCCAGUUCUUGCACGUGCACCCUGGGCAUUCUGGCACCCAGGCAAUGUGUUUAGAGGUGAACACAUUGCUUAGCAACGUGUUGCUUAGCACCGAUCGUUGCUUAGCAACGAUCAUUCUGGGAUGUAAGGUUCUAAACCGUUGCGCUUCCCAGCUGGGAGGUUGUGGCGGGACGGCUCUGGCUUACCUCUAGUGCUCCUGUUGGGUUUAGGGGCCUGUGAAGAGCCGAGGGGGAGGUGAGGUGUGUUUGGAGUCUGCAGGCUCUGUGAUGAAGAAGACUUUUGGCUUCAGGAGUAAGAAGGGCAGCUCGCCCUUCGGCUCCUCCAUCAGCCCGGGGAGAGACGGCAGUCAUAGAAUCGACUUUCAGCCCGGGUACCGCAUCCGAGACAAGGACCUCGGAAAGAUCCACAGAGCUGCCAGCGUAGGCAGCGUAGCUAAAGUGCAGCAGGUGCUGUUGCUCGGGAAGAGUGGCCUGAACGACAAGGACAAGAUGAACAGGACUGCCCUCCACUUGGCCUGUGCCAAUGGCCAUCCAGCGGUGGUGGCUCUCCUCCUGCAGAGAAGAUGCCUGCCUAACCUCUGUGACAGUGAAAACAAGACCGCGCUGAUGAAGGCCGUAGAAUGCCAAGAGGAGGAGUGCGCGACUCUCCUGCUGGAGCACGGCGCCGACCCAAACCUCACGGACGACAAUGGCAACACCGCGCUCCACCACGCUGUCUUUUGCCAGAAUUUGUCACUCGCAGCAAAGCUGCUUUCCUACAACGCCCAUAUAGAAGCCAGGAACAAGGAUGGCCUCACACCAGUGUUACUUGCUGUACGUGAAAGGAGAGGAGAAAUGGUGGAGUUUUUAGUAGACAAAGCAGCAAGUGUACGUGCGGUUGACAAGAUGGAAAGAACAGCCCUCAUGCUUGCUAUCAAGCAUGAAUCACCAGAAAUAGUCAGACUUCUUCUUCAGCAAGGUGUUGACAUCUUUUCUCAAGAUGUUUUUGGAUGGACCGCAGAAGAAUAUGCUGCUGAUAGUAGUUUUAAUAUCUUUCGCCAACUGAUUUCUGAAUAUAAAGAAAAGAGACCUGAAACUUCUCCUGAAAAGAGCAACCCAGCGGAUGAGAGUUCUGAAGAGGACUCUUCUAGGAGGUUUCCCAGCGAACCUGGCGUUGAUGUAGGGCCUCCAUCAAACAAUGAAGUCUUAGAUUUUAAAACCAAGCAUGUCGUGAAACCAAAGUUGACAAAGCUCAUGAAGCCUUCUCAGCAAUCCAACAGAAACAUAGAAGCAAAGUGUGGCAUUUUGAGACCAGAGAGUACCACUUUCUCUGAGGACAGUAAUUCUGAUAGUAACAUUGAAGAUGUGGUUGAAACAUUUCCCAAACCAUCACCCUGGUUUGAGGGCAUCUGUCAGCCUGCCUUCCCAUCACCUGAGCCUGUUCCCAAACUUCUCAAGUCUGUAGCAGGCCUUGGUCCUACAAAGGUUUCUGAUAGUGGUAGAAAAGCAAAAGGUCUGUUGCGCAAAAGCCACAUGCAGGAUGAAAUUGCCAUGCCAAGAUUAGAAAUAGACACAGUGAAAAAUCAGAACCAGGAGAAAGAAAAGAAAUGUUUUGAGGACACUGAAAUUGUAAAAGGAGAGAAUGAUUAUCCUCAAAAGGCAAUAAAAUUGAACAAGGAAACAUUGACAGAGACCAUAUUCCAGCAUACUGGCCAGCUUAACGUUCCGGUAGCUGAAAAUACAAUGCUAAACCCUGAGCUGGAGAACGCAAAGCGAAGCAAAGAAAGACUAGAAACAGAAGUGGAAUCCUACCACUCUAGACUGGCUGCUGCCAUACACAAUCAUGAUCAAGGUCAGAUAUCACAAAGACACCUGUCACUUGCCUCCCAGAAAGCAAAAGACAAGAGGUUACGCUUGCAGGACCCAAUGAAGUUUGAUAUGGCUAAGCUGAAAAGUGACAAUGAGAUGCUUUCCCAGCAACUUUCGAAAGUGGAAAAUAAAUUCAAUAAGCUAAAAAUCAAGCUGCAUCAGACGAGAGAUGAUCUCAGAGAAAAGACUUUGAUGUUAGAACGUGUCCAGAGAGACUUACGCCAAGCAGAGUGUCAAAAGCAGGAUAUUGGACACAUGUAUCAGAACGAACAAGGCAAAGUGAAGGAAUACCUUGGAAAGCAGGAAUCCUUAGAGGAGAGGUUAUCUCAACUCCAGAGUGAAAACAUGUUGCUCCGACAGCAGCUGGAUAAUGCACAAAAUAGAGCCGACAGUAAAGAGAAGACAGUCAUUAGCAUCCAAGACCAGUUUCAGCAGAUCGUGAAAAAUCUUCAUGCUGAAUAUGAGAAACACGGUCUGAUGCUGGAGGAAAGAAGCAAGGAUUUAAUCAACAAAUUGAAUCAUUUAGAAGAGAGAAUGUGUCAGUAUGAAAAUGAGAAAGCAGAAAGACAAGCAGUUGUCAGACAACUUCGGCAAGAACUGGCUGAGAGCCUCAAAAAGCAGUCUGCGUCGGAGCUGUCCCUGGAGGUCAUGUCACGUUAUCAUGCCAAGUUAGAAGUUGAGGCACGGGAUUUAAAGAACUUACAUCAACUCACAAGUCAGUCUCAAGAAACACAAGAUCAACAUAGAGAGGCCGUGAGAUGUGCUGAAAAAACACAGGAUCACAUCCAAAAGCUUGAAAUUGAAAAUGCCGAGUUACAAACUACAGUCAAAAAGCAAGCGGGCGAAAUUGAACAGCUUCAGAAAAACCUCUUAAGUAUAAGAUUGAUUGAUGAUCUUCCAGCAGAGCUGGAAACUGUAUGUUCACAAUGUCUGCACAUGAAUGCAAAAAUUCAAGUUCUUCGAGAGGAGUUAUUAUUCAUGACAGGAAUGCAAAAGAAAUGUGAAGAACUAGAGAAGAAUAACAAGAAGCUGGAGCAAGAAAUAGUGAACCUCAAAAGUCACACAGAAAUGAAUAUGACGGAACACAGUCAAGUAGAGCAGUAUAAGCAGGAGAUUGAAGAAAGAGCGAGACAGGAGCUAGUAGAGAAAUUAAAAGAAGUCGACACGGUUUUACAGAUACAAGCAGCAUCUCAAGAAAACUUAAAGCAGGCAGAAGAGGAGCAUAUUGCUUUCUUAAGAAGUCAGAUGGAACUCAGAAUUAAAGAGUUGGCAUCUGAAGUCUUCAAGUUGGAAACUUCUGAAGCAGAUUUGGAAAAAUAUAAGAAACUGUACCUCGAAGGAGUAAAAGUUAGGAAGUCAUUGGAAAAGAAACUAGACAAGACUAAUCGGAGGCUGGCAGAGAUGAGCACCGAACUUGAGGUGGAGAAACAGCAGAACAGAUCUUUACUGAGCACUCUCACCACGAGGCCAGUCCUGGAGCCGACCUCGCAGAAGAAAUUUCCAUAAUACUUCAAUAUGAAUCUUUCUCCAAAAACAAACAUAGGAUUUUCUACCUCAAUUCCAUGCCCUUCAAAUAACAGCAUGGCGACUGACUUGAUCAAGUUUAGUUCUACUAUCUUUUUUUCCUUGGGUUUAGCAUUUCCAAUAUGAAUGAUUCUUAUUUUCAACUUCUGAGCUGUUUAUUUGACUUAUGUGCACUAAGUAAAAGCCAUAAUUAACUGUGCUAACCAAGGAGACAAAAAUUUUAUGUUUCUUUUGUCCUAGAUUUCUAUUUUUAAGAUACUUAUUAAUUUCUUAAAUUUCUUGAAAAGCUGCAUUUAAAUUCUACUUUAGAAAUGAAAUCUUAUUGCCUAGUAACCAAACAUAUACUUUCAAAUAUUUGAUCUCCUUUCUAAUUGAUUUCACCUUGGCAAGUGUUCAUAAUCAUCUCCAAGCUCCGCUGAACCCACUGCAGUUUUUCUACCCCUAAGCAUAAGUGAAUGACUGGCAUUGAAACACUAACCAUAUAUGGAUGUUUUUGUAUUUGAAGGAAUCCUAUAUAAAUCCUUUUUAUGAAUUAAACAAACUUGCAGCACUAUAUCAGAAGAUUAAUUUCUAGUUUUCGAUCAACAUUUUGGUCAUUUUCUUACACAAGAAUGCAUCUUUAAUCGCUAUUUUACUUAUAGCCUUGUUACUUAAAUUUCUAAAAAAUAUUUUCUGAGCAAUUGUAGAACGUUUCUAAAUUUGUAGU